GGGGAUCACGGAAUCUGGGCAACAUGCGACAAGGGUAGAGAAGGCAAAUGCACAGGAGAACUUCGUGAUCUCUUCAACGAGUAUGCUCAACUGCUUUACGGAGAUGAAUUGGCUGCGGAAGCUGGUGCUGCUGGCUCUGACGACGAGGGCGAUGGCGAGAUCAACAUCGAAGCUGAAAUCCAGCAAGAGCUGCAAGAUAUUCGCAAACCUCAGGCCAAGCCGCUGUUCUGGUCAAUCAAACUGGAUGUACAAUGCGUGAUCUUCUUCAAGACUAGAGCACCUGUCGAGCCUGUCUCGUUCGUACGAAGAAUCUGUGAAGAUGCUGCCAGACACAACGCACCCAAGCGUACUAGGUUCUGCAACCGCCUCACUCCAAUGACUUUGAUGGGCAAGGCAACCGAAGAAGGCUUGGAGAAGACAGCCAAGGAGGUUCUUGCAGCUCACUUCCACACAGAGCCGCGUGUACCCACAAAGUUCGCUAUCCGCCCGACAAUUCGUAAUCACACCGUUAUGAAGCGCAUGGAGAUCAUACAAAAAGUUGCUUCAAUCGUUGGUCCGGGACAUCAAGUCGACCUGAAAAACCCAGACGUGUUCAUCUUGGUCGAGAUCUACACAAGCAUUUGCGGUAUCAGUGUAGUGCCUAACGACUACGAGGCACUGAAGCGAUACAACCUGGCCGAGAUCUUUGAGCCUUCUCCCAAAGAACAGCCCAAGAAGAAGGCUGAGGCACCCAAAGAACAGCCCGCGGAGGCCAUCAAUGGGAAGUUCGUCGAAGAGCCUGAGGCAGCAGUCGUCAAAGAGGAGAUUGAGGUUCCGGCUGUUAGAAUCGAGACUUCGGCUGCCGCUGUCAAAGACGAAAUAGCUCAGGUUUGA